GUGGAAAGCGAGCGCUGUGCCGCCAGCAGCCCCGCCAGCCGCCGCUUCCCGAGCGCGGAGCAUCGCCCUGCGCUCGCCGCCUCCGCUGGACACAGGUGGAGGCUGAUGUGAUGUGGUCGCUCUGCGUGCUGGAUGCAGAGAUGCACGUUAUUAGAAGAAACAACAGUAGCUGCCAUUGGUAGGAGGGUUUCCCAUUUGCUCUGAAGGAGGCCAUGUUGAAGCACCCUCUAAAGACACCUUCCAGUCUGAGUGUCAAAAAAGUUCAUCUAACAUGAUCCAAUUUUUUAAAAAUAAAGAUGAAUUUGAGGUCAAUGCUCGGUUUUCAUGCCCUGGAGCUCCACGCAGAUCUGACCACUGAAAGGUAAUGCAGGAAAAUAUUCCUCAGCUGAGUGAAGAUUGCAAGAAUCCUGAAAUGAUUUGACCUGUAAUGGGGGAUGCUUCUGUGAAACUGCCAGAGGACUUCAGCAUAGGGUGCCUGGUGUCUCUGCCCUCACCUGGCUGUGGCAAAGUCCGAAAUGAACCACACUUGGACAUAUAACCUGAGCUUUGGUGCACCUACAGAUCCUGUUGAGCCAAGAGCUGGACUGUCACGAAAUGGGCACACAGUAGUGGCUGUUUUUCUUGGAUUUAUCUUGUUUUUUGGUUUCCUGAAUAACUUGAUUGUCCUCAUCCUCUUCUGCAAGUUUAAAACCCUCCGUAACCCUGUCAACAUGCUUCUCCUGAACAUCAGUAUCAGUGACAUGUUAGUGUGCAUCUCAGGCACUACCCUGAGUUUUGCAUCUAACAUCCAUGGCAAGUGGAUUGGAGGGGAGCAUGGUUGUAGGUGGUAUGGCUUUGUCAAUUCCUGCUUUGGCAUCGUGUCCCUGAUCUCCCUGGCUGUCCUGUCCUACGAACGCUACAGCACCCUUACCCUGUGUAACAAGCGCAGCGAUGACUAUCGGAAAGCGCUGCUGGCAGUUGGCGGUUCUUGGGUAUAUUCCUUGCUCUGGACUGUGCCACCUCUGCUUGGAUGGAGCAGUUAUGGGAUAGAAGGUGCAGGCACCAGCUGUUCAGUGCGCUGGUCCUCUGAGACAGCUGAGUCCACGUCCUAUAUCAUCUGUCUCUUCAUAUUCUGCUUGGUCAUCCCUGUAAUGGUCAUGAUGUACUGCUAUGGUCGGCUCCUUUAUGCUGUCAAACAGGUUGGAAAAAUCCACAAGAACACUGCUCGCAAAAGAGAAUACCACGUACUGUUCAUGGUGAUCACUACAGUUAUCUGUUAUCUUGUAUGUUGGAUUCCCUAUGGAGUUAUAGCACUACUUGCAACAUUUGGUAAGCCAGGUGUGGUGACUCCAGUUGCAAGCAUCAUACCUUCCAUCUUAGCAAAAAGCAGCACUGUUUGCAAUCCCAUUAUCUACAUACUUAUGAAUAAGCAGUUUUACAAAUGCUUUCGCCAGCUUUUCCACUGUCAACCUCCUUCCUCAACUGAUGGAGAGCCCACCUGCCACUCCAAGGUAACCGUUAUCCAGCUGAAUCAGAAAACAGAUGGUGGAAAGUUGUGCAAUAAUAAACCACGUCCAGAAACAGACAAUAAAGUCACUUCUCUUCUGCACCCAGAACCAGGCCUGGAGCCAGCUGCAAAAACUGUACCACCAAUGUAAGAGGAAAAUUGAUUCUGAUGGAAAAUACAAGCCUUAAACAGAAUAUGUUUGAUUUCACUGUCACAUUACCCAGCUAACCUUAAAAUUACUAGAGGAAAUUGCCAUUUGUGGGAUAAGAAAGCUGUCAAGAACAAAAAGUGGCACUCUGUUAUCAUUUCCUUAGUAACAGUAAGGAUGAGCACAUCACUGCAGGUAUGGUUCAAUAAUGACAAAAUUUCAAGCAAUAUCAUUGACUUUCCUGUAAAUUAGUUAAUGGAGCACUCAGAAGUGGUAAAGUUUUAGUUCUCAGUGACCUGUGGAUCUGUGUCCUCCAGAAUCAAUCUAAAAGAUAUGGACUAUCUAAUUUAGCUCCUUGCUUUUCCUAUGUCAUUCUAUGCAGUCCAUUCUUCGUGGUUUCAGAUUAGGUAAAUCAGAUAACUUUAAUUUUUGGCAGUCAAUUCAAAUUUUUUUGCUCACAUUGGACAAGGAUAUUGUUAGGGAGGAAACAGUGACCCAGAGGGCUAGUUUCUGAGUGGUAACAGCUAAUUUACAGCACAUCUUUGCAUUUAAGUCUAAGGUAAACAAACUGGAAGAUGAGUUAAGACAAUGCCCCAACCCUGGAGGCACUCAAGGCCAGGUUGGAUGGGGACCUGGGCAGCCUGAGCUGGUGGGGGGCAGCCCUGCCCAUGGCAGGGGUUGGGGCUGGGUGGGCUUUGAGGUCCCUUCCAACCCACACCAUUCUGUGAUUCUAUGACUCUGAAUGACUAGAGACUACCAUAUACAGAGGUAUCUUUGGGCCGCAGAGGUUUAUCUGUCCUGGUGGAAAUGUGAGUAAUCCUGAAACACCCAGACCUGAUGCACCUGUCAAAUGCACAAAUCCAGCAAAAAACAAUGGUCAGAGCCAGACUUUUCUUUUCUUUAGCAUCUUUAACACCACAGUCAAAGAGACCAAGAGAGUACAACCAGCACUCCCACCCCAACAACUGAUGAAUGAGAACCCAAGACACUCAGAAUAACACACUUGAUCUACAUGAUUCCAAGGACACACACACACACACACACACACAAAAAAAAAAAAAAAAGCCAAAUGCUCUUUCUUGGGGGGAAAAAAGCAAAACGAAACAAACAAAAAAAAACCCCAGCAUUUGCGAGCUUCUAUCUUUGUAUGAAAUGAGUCCUAAUUAAAAUAGAAAACAAAUGGGUUCAGUAGUGUCCCAUACCUUCUAAGAUAUGAACUUCCUCCACAUUGGGACACCUCUAAAUCUUACUGCCAUCUAAGUUUACAAACAACAUCUCUAAUACGAUAGCAGCAGUUUAAACCAUGAGGACAUUUGCAUUGGUACUAGGAUAGAUUCAGUUUUUCUCUGCUCUCUAAACUUGCUUGUGUUAUCCUGCUUUCCUCUGCAAGUCCUAUCUCACUUCCCUUUGAAAUCCCAAUUAUUAUCUUUAACACAUCUCUUUUUGUGUUAUUGCUUCCUUGGUUUCUCCUCUGCAGCUGAACUCUUCUCCCACACACACUGACCUUAGUUUCCAGGUUUCCCUUGUUUAAUUCCUUUCCCUGUGCUGCUCAGAGUACAUCUAUUUGUUUCUUUCAUCUAUGUAAUUUUCACAUCACUGCCCAAUGCAAUAUCAUCUACAAGUUUGUUUCAUAUCUCAUCACUCCUCCUUGAUCAUCAGCAUAAAGGAAAAACAAAUUUUCUGAUAGCCUGUAAGGUGAAGAAUUUCCAUACGAUACACCCAAAUACUGGUCUCUGUUCACAUUCCUUACGUUAGCUUUCAGACAAUGCACAAUUACUACAUAUAAAACAGUACCAACUGGCUUACUCAGGACUUAAGUAGAUGUUAAUAGAUCACGGAAGGAGAGUUGCUAUCCCAACACCUUGUAAUCUGGGCAGAAUUAAUACCACAGAGAUGUACAUUUGCAUUUCUGAGCAAGCUGGUCUACAGCCCUCUUUAAAGACAUUGACAAGAGGCAGGUAUUUCUGUGGUGAAAUUCAUCAGACUGAUUUUAGAUGUCUGUUUUACAAUGGGAUGAGUUGUUCCUUAUAAAUGUUGUUUCUCUUCAGUGACUAGGUAGAAACUGAACAGUCUGGCUCUUGAUAUCUGUACCUUCUCCUUCCUUCUUCUAGAUCUGAAGCUCUUGUAGCUUAGAGAAAAAUCAUGUAAAUACUUUUUUCGGGAAGACUGGAUGAAGAAAUGAAAGCAAGGUGUGAUUCAUCUAACCAAAUUUGCCCAGUGGUGCAGACACCCACACCUCAAAUAGCUAUCACAGGUUCCUUUGCUGUCAGUGGAAGAAAGUGCAUUCUCAGGAUGCAGUGCCUGUUGACUCAUCCUACAGUAAGCACUUAAACAUGGAUCAUAUGAAGAAGUUCCCAUUUCUUUCUGUUGAUGAGGGGAAAAAUGGAGUGGUAGCACAGAUAACUUGUAUUUCACUUGUAUUAUACCUAUCUACAGCAUACAAACAUCAAAAUGGAGAAGUACUCCUUAGAAAGGUGAAUGCCAAAUAAACUUCAUGGUGCACAAUGAAAAAUUUGCUUUUAUCACUGGCCCUAAGUAAUCUCAGUAAAAUCAAGAUUAACUAAAUUAAUCUAAUUAAUCUACUAGUAGCAGUAUUACUACUGUGCCUACCUAAUUUGGUCAAGAACCCAUUAUUGUACAAAGAGUAUGAAGAGUUGAAAUAUUGUCAGUUUGAAUGAGGAAAUCACAGCGGGGUCUGGAAGUGCUUCCAGAGGGAAAGGGAUCUCUCAAGCUUGUUGAGUCCAAUCUUGCCCCAUCAGAUCAAGGACAGCUCUGAAAUUAUAUCAGUUUGCUCAUAGCCUUGCUCAAUUCAGCACUGAGUAUCUUUAAGAAUGGAAAUGAAACUCAAAUAUUUUCAAAAGCUUACUGAAGCAUUCAAAAAUAACAUGAUAGGCAUGACUGUGGAAUCAGCAAGCAGGCUUGAAAAUGACUUCUCUUCCAAGUCUGAUGAUUAUGUUUUAAUAUUUCCACAUCUUAAUUAUCCAAUCAAAAACUCAUAGAAAGGAAAAGGUCAAGCUAUCUUGUGUAAUUUUAGCUUUGGCAAACAUGACUGGUACAAGCAUACAUUCAAAAUUGUAGCUGAAGACACUUCUUUAUUGAAUAGAAUAUUCUCUUUUCUAAUCUGUGGUAAUACCCUUGUUGGAUUUUCCAUCUUUCAGAAAUCCUAUUAGGAUUACAAAUGUAAGAUGGAAAAAUGCAAAAUAAUUCUGCCUGUGUAGAGAAAAGUUGUUUUAUAGUAAUCACUCAAAGGUGUGCUUUAUUAAUGUUUUAUAGGUGAAUGACAAUGCUCCUAACUACUGUGUUGAAAAAAAUAUAGGACUGUGAGCACAGAAUGUUCUUCGCAAAGUAUUUUAAAGUAUAUUACUCCAAAGAAAUGAUGUUAGAGAAACAGCCAAUGUGCAAGUUUCUUAAAGCAGUACAAUUUUAGAUGCUAAUAGAGUAUGGUGGCUUUCAAAAUAUAUGCUAUAUUAAUAUUUCUAAAUCCUCAGAAGGAUGCGUGUCUUUUUUUUUUCUAUUCAGCAGACAUUCAUGACGUUAGGAUGCUGAGGGUAUGGUUUAAACUCAGUCCGAGUGGCAUAAAUAAAUUCCUGGAAUUUUACAAUCUGUGCUGAAAACAUUUAAACCAGAAUUAAAUUAUUUGCAUGGAUAGUUUACAGAAAUAAAUUCCAACCCAAGCCAUUCUAUGACUCUAUGACUCUAUGAUUAUGGAUUCUAAUCAAAAGGAGAAAAUGUUUCUUAAUUUGCUCUUGGUGAUUUUAAUGACCCAACUGUUUUCCAAUUUCCAACAUGGAUCUUUUGUACAGUACAAUUAGGCUUUGUGGUUAGCACAGUAAUUUAAAAAUAAUGUUCUCUAGAUUAUAAGAAAAUAAAAUAUAGCUUAAUAUACCUGAAUACAACAGAUGCUGUACAAAAGCAUCUAAAAUAAUGCAUAAUUCAAACAUUUAGCAAAAGUUCAGCAUUGCUUUAACAAAAUUUAAGAGACACUGGAAACAUCUGAAUAAGCAUAAUCUGAUUAUUACAUUUAUAAUGUGACUCACUUCACACACAGCACAUAUUCACUCACAAGAAAGAAUUUAAGCUAGAUGCACCAAUAAGUCUGUGUUUGAUAAAAUAAGCACCUGAAGGCACUACAAAUGCACAUAAAGCAUUUAGAAACUAUAGUUUUCUCUAUGUUAAGUUACUUCUAUCAACUCUAUUUGUUCUCUCUUGAGUAAACAAAUUAACUUGUUGGAUUUCAGAUACCACAGGAAAAUUCGUUACUUCUUGAAGCAGGGCCAUUUUGCCUGAGGUAUUCUUCAGAACACACAUAAAAAGAAACUUUGAGCUUUUAAAACUACUCUGUUUCUUAAAAUGGGUUCUUUUACAUCUGUUUAGUUGAGGUACUAUGACAAAACUGACUGAAAUAGAACAUUACCUAAACUUGCAGAAAAACAAAUACUUAGUAAGGAAUUUAAUCAUUACCAAAUGCCUAACCCUAACAAAUUGUGUAAUACCUGUCGUCUUAGAUGUGUAAAGACUCACUCAAUGUAGUAGAGAUAGAAAAUGAUGUAUCUGUCACAAUGUGGAAUGCAAAAAUCGAUACAUUAAUCGCAGUAAUGUACUCUGUAAUAUGAGCAUAGACUGGAAAAUAUUGACCAGUAAUAUCAUAUAUCUUUAAAUAUAUUAUCCGAAUUUGGGUGACGUGCCAGAAUAUUGAAGAUUUUUAAUGUGAUUUGGGGUGCUUUAAGAGAGAAGUUUGUUCUUUUAUGUCUGUAAUUUAAGGAAGUAGAAGAUGCUCAAGCUAUGGAAUGUUUUUGAUUUAAAUGAAAAGAAUUUAAAGGUUAUGUAUUGGAAAUGUUAUUUCUCUGCAUAACAAUACUUGAACAAUACUGAGCUGAAAAGCAUUAUUCAGUUCUUUAACCAACCACUGACAAACAGCUGAUUAAGUAACAGCAAUAAAGGCAACUCUUACUAAGUCGAAUUGUUUCUUUCAGCUCAAGGAAGUGUGUUUUUCUAAGCAGAGCUGGAGAUGAGCUGCACUCUUCUAUUCAACACGCUCUCUGAAGCCAUUUUAAAUUUAAGCUCUUAGUCAUACAGUGAACUGCUACUAUUGCAGUGUAAUGGUAGUCUUGCUUGUACGAUUGUCUCAAUGCAUGCACAUAAAGACUAAAUAUUAAUGAUAUUAAUGAUGCAGAACUGUUUUGAGUCUGUAAUGUGAACUGUAAAGCCUCAAACAAGCCUCUUCCUUCUCCUAGCAAUAAAUUAACCUGGGCUUGGUAAUCA